GCAGAGCCUCCUAUCCUGCCGGUCUGCUGCACGGUCUCCCUCGCGUCCCCGUACGAGUCGCGCGCAAACAAGGAACGACAACAUCCGCAUACAUAAUAAUACCACCGCGACGCGUGCAGCGUGUCACCUCCCCCCCCCUUCACGUAGACGCGGGGCUGAUUCGCUCAGCGCGCACCACCGCCCUCGCCCUAUUCGCCCAGCUUGAAACAUCCCAGUCGGCUCGAGUCAACCACACAAACACCCACCCCCCAACACGCAUCACUGUCGCCAUGGACAUCCCACCCGAACAGCAAGUCGCCGCCGAGGGCCAAGAGGUCCAGAAGCACAGCGAGCAGACCAUGGACGUCGACAGCAGCAACAACACCAUCACCGCCAACCCCGUCUCACCGCCGCCGCAGUUCCACCCUAGCAACCAGAGCAACAACGGCUACACUCCCGAACCGCCGCGCCCCUCUACUUCCUACUCAGACACCGGAUAUCAGUACCCGCACAAUGGCUCGCGCUUCAACUCGUCAGACGCAGACACCCCGCCGCGGCACGGCUACUACGACAACAGCAAGGAGACACACAUGGGCCAGUCGCACUCGCGGCCAAGCUCGCAGAUGGGCCGCUACUCGACCUCAGAGGCCGGUGGACGGUCCAACUCAUACCAAGAGCAGAACUCACGGAGUGCGCAGCCGCAGCAAGAGCCAGCCAAGAACUCCAGUGUUGUGAUCAAGGUGGGCAUGGUUGGGGACGCGCAGAUCGGCAAGACCAGCCUGAUGGUCAAGUACGUCGAGGGCAGCUGGGACGAAGACUACAUUCAGACAUUAGGUGUCAACUUCAUGGAAAAGACCAUCUCGAUCAGGAACACAGAAAUCACCUUCUCCAUCUGGGAUUUGGGAGGCCAGCGCGAGUUCGUCAACAUGUUGCCCCUUGUGUGUAACGACGCUGUCGCCAUACUCUUCAUGUUUGACUUGACCCGCAAGAGCACACUCAACUCCAUUAAGGAAUGGUACAGGCAGGGGCGAGGCUUCAACAAGACUGCUAUCCCUUUCCUGGUUGGCACGAAGUAUGACCACUUUGUCAACUUCCCGCGCGAGGAGCAGGAGGAGAUCUCAAACCAGGCCAAGCGCUUCGCACGGGCAAUGAAGGCCAGUCUCAUUUUCAGCAGCACAAGUCACAGCAUCAACGUGCAGAAGAUCUUCAAGAUCGUUCUGUCCAAGGCUUUCGACCUCAAGUGCACGAUUCCCGAGAUAGAGAACAUCGGAGAGCCUCUUCUCCUCUACCAGGCCGUCUAGUCGCCGGAACGGAGUGUAUCGCCAGAACGGAGAGUACGACCAAGGCUUGAGAUAGACUGCACCAUGGGCAGAUCUAGAAGGAUGGUGAGACCUCAAAGAAGCGCCAACGAAGAGGACCGUUUCCCUCAAGAGCACCGCUUUCCUUAUCGGAAUUUCUCCAUGAGCGAACGAUUUUGAUGAUUUUCUUGCGUGGGACUGCAUAACACGGCGACUGGAGCAACGUGCUAAUUGCAAUGCUGGGGUUACAAAACGGCGUUCUACAGGCCUGGAUUGAAUAUUCGAUUCAGCGGGAGGGGUCUGGAACCAUUGACAAACGGGAGCGUAGAGAGCUCCUUGUACCGCACCGCACGCUGCGGUUGCUUUUGUGCUGGCGCAUGGGAUAUCUAGCAUUGGUAACAAC